AUGAAAAAGAAAAGAGGAGAAAAGAGGGAGGAGAGGGGAGGGAAAGAGGUGUGGAUGUUCUUUCUUGCCUUCAGUGGCCAGAGCAUUGCUGCACUGUGACACAGUGCAGAUGAAAGAGAGUGUUUCUACCAUAGAGUGCCAACCCAAACUAGUCUACAGUAUAAACAUUCUUCAUCUGAACAGCACAGCGAGUGGGCAGCCUGGAACACAGAGGUUGCUUCCCAAAUGGCACCCCCUCCCUACUGCCUGUGGUCAAAAGCAGUGGUGGAAAAAGUACCCAAUUAUCAUACUUGAGUAAAAGUAAAGAUACCUUAAUAGAAAAUGACUCAAGUGCAGGUCACCCAGUAAAAUACUACUUGAGUAAAAAUCUAAAAGUAUUUGGUUUUAAAUAUACUUAAGUAUCAAAAGUAAAUGUAAUUGCUAAAAUAUACUUAAGUAUCAAAAGUAAAAGUAUAAAAUCCUUAUAUUAAGCAAACCAGACGGCACCAUUUUCUUGUUUUUUUAUUGAUUUACGGAUAGCCAGGGGCACACUCCAACAUUCACACGAUUUACAAACAAAGUAUGUGUUUAGUGAGUCCGCCAGAUCAGAGGCAGUGGAGAUGACCAGGGAUGUUCUCUUGAUAAGUGUGUGAAUUAGACCAUUUUCCUGUCCUGCUAAGCAUUCAAAAUGUAACGAGUACUUUUGGGUGUCAGGGAAAAUCUAUGGAGUGAAAAGUACAUUAUUUUCUUUAGGAAUGUAGUGAAGUAAAAGUAAAAGUUGUCAAAAAUAUGAAUAGUAAAGUAAAGCACAGAUAACCCAAAAAACGUGUGUAUUAAGUGUGUUUAAAAGGUUUGAUAAUAUUCUGGGUCGGUAGUGCAGCUGUCCUGUGGCAUCACACUGGGUGACUGGGACACACUGCUGCUGAGCUGCCAGGGGAUUUCUUACAUAGCUCCCUCUAGAGGUGGGAGUGAGAAGGGUGGGGAAGACUACACACAUCAGGGCCCUCAUGGCAGAUUCAUGGUCUGUUUAAAGGGAUAGGGUGACAGGCAGAUUCAUGGUCUGUUUAAAGGGAUGGGGUGACAGGCAAAUUCUUGGUCUGUUUAAAGGGGUGGGGCUACAGGCAGAUUCAUGGUCUGUUUAAAGGGAUGGGGGGACAGAAAGAUUCAUGGUCUGUUUAAAGGGAUGGGGGACAGAAAGAUUCAUGGUCUGUUUAAAGGGAUGGGGGGACAGAAAGAUUCAUGGUCUGUUUAAAGGGAUGGGGGGACAGGCAGAUUCAUGGUCUGUUUAAAGGGAUGAGGUGACAGAAAGAUUCAUGGUCUGUUUAAAGGGAUGGGACAGGCAGAUUCAUGGUCUGUUUAAAGGAAUGAGGUGACAGAAAGAUUCAUGGUCUGUUUAAAGGAAUGAGGUGACAGAAAGAUUAAUGGUCUGUUUAAAGGGAUGGGACAGGCAGAUUCAUGGUCUGUUUAAAGGAAUGAGGUGACAGAAAGAUUCAUGGUCUGUUUAAAGGAAUGAGGUGACAGAAAGAUUAAUGGUCUGUUUAAAGGGAUGGGGUGACAGGCAGAUUCAUGGUCUGUUUAAAGGGAUGUGGUGACAGGCAGAUUCAUGGUCUGUUAAAGGGGAUGAGGUGACAGGCAGAUUCAUGGUCUGUUUAAAGGGGUGGGGUGACAGAAAGAUAUAUGGUCUGUUUAAAGGAAUGGGGUGACAGGCAGAUUCAUGGUCUGUUUAAAGGGAUGGGGUGACGGGCAGAUUCAUGGUCUGUUUAAGGGGAUGGGGUGACAGGCAGAUUCAUGGUCUGUUUAAAGGGAUGUGGUGACAGGCAGAUUCAUGGUCUGUUUAAAGGAAUGGGGUGACAGGCAGAUUCAUGGUCUGUUUAAGGGGAUGGGGUGACAGGCAGAUUCAUGGUCUGUUUAAAGGGAUGGGGGGACAGAAAGAUUCAUGUUCUGUUUAAAGGAAUGAGGUGACAGAAAGUAUGUGUGCCCUCAGGCCCCUACUCCACUACUACCACAUAUCUACAGUUCAAAAUCCAUGUGUACGUGUGUGUAUAGUGCGUAUGUUAUUGUGUAUGUGUAUGCAUGUGUCUGUGCCUAUGUUUGUGUUGCUUCACAGUCCCCGCUGUUCCAUAAGGUGUAUUUCAUCUGUUUUUUAAAUCAGUUACUUGAUGUGGAAUAGAGUUCCAUGUAGUCAUGGCUCUAUGCAGUACUGUGCGCCUCCCAUAGUCUUUUCUGGACUUGGGGACUGUGAAGAGACCUCUUGUGGCAUGUCUUGUGGGGUAUGCAUGGGUGUCCGAACUGUGCGACAGUAGUUCAAACAGACAGCUCGUGCAUUCAACAUGUCAUUACCUCUCAUAAAUACAAUUAGUGAUUAAGUCAAUCUCUCCUCCACUUUGAGCCAGGAGAGAUUGACAUGCAUAUUAUUAAUAUUAGCUCUCUGUGUACAUCCAAGGGCCAGCCAUGCUGCCCUGUUCUGAGCCAAUUGCAAUUUUCCUAAGUCCCUUUUUAUGGCACCUGACCACACGACUGAACAGUAGUCCAGGUGCGACAAAACUAGGGCCUGUAGGACCUGCCUUGUUGAUAGUGCUGUUAAGAAGGUAGAGCAGCGCUUUAUGGACAGACUUCUCCCCAUUUUGGCUACUGUUGUAUCAAUAUGUUUUGACCAUGACAGUUGACAGUCCAGGAUUACUCCAAGCAGUUUAGUCACCUCAACUUGCUCAAUUUCCACAUUAUUUAUUACAAGAUUUAGUUGAGGUUUAGGGUUUAGUGAAUGAUUUGUCCCAAAUACAAUGCUUUUAGUUUUAGAAAUAUUUAGGACUAACUUAUUCCUUGCCACCCACUCUGAAACUAACUGCAGCUCUUUGUUAAAUGUUGCAGUCAUUUCAGUUGCUGUAGUAGCUGACAUGUAUGGUGUUAAGUCAUCCGCAUACAUAGACACACUGGCUUUACUUAUUAGUAAAGAUUGAAAAAAGUAAGGUGCCUAGACAACUGCCCUGGGGAAUUCCUGAUUCUACCUGGAUUAUGUUGGAGAGGCUUCCAUUAAAGAACACCCUCUGUGUUCUGUUAUACAGCUAACUCUUUAUCCACAUUAUAGCAGGAGGUGUAAAGCCAUAACACAAAUACGUUUUUCCAGCAGCAGACUAUGAUCGAUAAUGUCAAAAGCCACACUGAAGUCUAACAAAACAGCCCCCACAAUCUUUUAAUCAUCAGUUUCUCUCAGCCAAUCUUCAAUCAUUUGUGCAAGUGCUGUGCUUGUUGAAUGUCCUUCCCUACAAGCAUGCUGAAAGUUUGUUGUCAAUUUGUUUACUGUAAAAUAGCAUUGUAUCUGGUCAAAGACCAUUUUUUCCAAAAGUUUACCAAGGGUUGGUAACAGGCUGAUUGGUCGGCUAUUUGAGCCAGUUAAGGGGGCUAUACUAUUCUUAGGUAGCGGAAUUACUUUUGCUUCCCUCCAAGCCUGGGGGCACACAUUUUCUAGUAGGCUGAAAUUGAAAAUAUGGCAAAUAGGAGUGGCAAUAUCAUCCGAUAAUUUUCCAUCCAAGUUACCAGACCCCGGUGGCUUGUCAUUGUUGAUAGACAACAAUACUUUUUUCACCUCUUCCACACUCACUUUACGGAAUUCAAAAUUACAAACUUGUCUUUCAUAAUUUGGUCAGAUAGACUUGGAUGUGUAGUGUCAGCAUUUGAUGCUGUCAUGCCUAAGUUUGCUAAUCUUGCCAAUGAAAAAAUCAUUAAAGUAGUUGGCAAUAUCAGUUGGUUUUGUGAUGAAUGAGCCAUCUGAUUCAAUGAAUUAUGGAGCUGAGUUUGCGUUUUUUCCCAAAAUUUCAUUUAAGGUUCUCCAAAGCUUUUUACUAUCAUUCUUCAUGUCAUUUAUCUUUGUUUCAUAGUGUAGUUUCUUGUUCUUUUUAUUCAGUUUAGUCACAUGAUUUCUCAAUUUGCAAUACGUUUGCCAAUCGGUUGAUCCAAUGGAUCUGGAUACUGCUUUUAAGCAAAUUUCUGCAGCAUUAGUAAAGAUAUGCUCAGUACAUGUUGAUGAUUUCAUUCCUGUGCUGUUUGUAACUACCCUGGUAGGUUGACUGAUAACCUGAACCAGGUUGCAGGCACUAGUUACAGUUUGAAGCUUUAUCUUGAGUGGGCAGCUUGAUGAAAGCCAUUCUUGGUACACAUGGGAAACUGUUGAACACAUGCUUCGUUUGUAAAUUAUGUCUGAGUGAUGGAGCUAUCCCUGGCUAUCCGUAAAUUAAAAUAAACAAGAAAAUGUUGCGUGUGGAAUUUGAAAUGAUUUAUACUUUUACUUUUGAUACUUAAAUAUAUUUUAGCAAUUGUAUUUACUUUUGAUAUUUCCAACCAAAUACUUUCAGACUUUUACUCAAGUAGUAUUUUCCUGGGUGACUUUCACUUUUACUUGAGUCAUUUUCUGUUAUGGUAUCUUUACUUUUACUGAAGUAUAACAAUUGGGUACUUUUUCCACCACUGCCUGGCACCUACUACUAUACUCCGUUCACAGGCAGACUUUUACUUUGUUUACAAACAGUGGGGUAAAACAUGCUUAGAUUUGGAGUUCUGAUGGGGUACGACAGUUGAACUAAGCUCAAGAAUCAAUGGUUACAUAUCAUUAAUUCACAAGUCCAAAAAUGUAUGUAGCAACUGCAGAUUGCCCCUUUAACAUUACUGAUGACUGUUGACAGCAGUUGUAAAUACAUUUGUUUAUUUCAAAAUGUAGCUAAAGCAAACCUGUGGGAAGACUUGCCAUAAAGAGUGUGUGUGACCUCCUCUCCCUCCCAGAUAUAGCUAGGUCAGUGUUCUUCCUCCUCCAGUCCAGGUUGAGGAGGUUGCUACCUGUCUUCGAGGAUGCGCUGACCAAUUGGCAAGUGUCUUCACUGACAUUUUCAACAUGUCCCUGACUGAGUCUGUAAUAUCAACAUGUUUCAAGCAGACCACCAUAGUCCCUGUGCCCAAGAACACUAAGAUAACCUGCCUAAAUGACCACCGACCCGUAGCACUUUGAAAGGCUGGUCAUGGCUCAAAUCAACACCAUUAUCCCAGAAACCCUAGACCCACUCCAAUUUGCAUACCGCCCCAACAGAUCCACAGAUGAUGCAAUCUUUAUUGCACUCCACACUGCCCUUUCCCACCUGGAAAGAGGAACACCUACGUGAGAAUGCUAUUCAUUGACUACAGCUCAGCGUUCAACACCAUAGUGCCCUCAAAGUUCAUGACUAAGCUAAGGACCCUGGGACUAAACACCUCCCUCUGCAACUGGAUCCUGGACUUCCUGACGGGCCGCCCCCAGGUGGUAAGGGUAGGUAACAGCACAUCUGCCACGCUGAUCAUCAACACGGGGGCCCCUCAGGGGUGCAUGCUCAGUCCCCUCCUGUACUCCCUGUUCAGCCAUGACUGCAUGUCCAGGCACGACUCCAACACCAUCAUUAAGUUUGCCAACGACACAACAGUGGUAGGCCUGAUCACAGACAACGAUGAGACAACCUAUAGGGCGGAGGUCAGAGACCUGACCGUGUGGUGCCAGGAUAACAACCUCUCCCUCAACAUGAUCAAGACAAAGGAGAUGAUUGUGGACUACAGGGAAAAAAAUUGGACUUAUUGACGGGGCUGUAGUGAACAGGUUGAGAGCUUCAAGUUCAUGGUCCAAACACACCAAGAAAGUCAUGAAGAGGGCACGACAAAGCCUAUUCCCCCUCAGGAGACUGAAAAGAUUUGGCAUGGGUCCUCAGAUCCUCAAAAAGUUAUACAGCUGCACCAUCGAGAACAUCCUGACUGGUUGCAUCACCGCCUGGUAUGGCAACUGCUCGGCCUCCGACCGCAAUGCACUACAGAGGGUAAUGCGUACGGCCCAGUACAUCACUGGGGCCAAGCUUCCUGCCAUCCAGGACCUCUAUACCAGGCAGUGUCAGAGUAAGGCCCAAAAAAUUAUCAAAGACUCCAGCCACCCUAGUCAUAGACUGUUCUCUCUGCUACCGCACGGCAAGCGGUACCGGAGCGCCAAGUCUAGGUCCAAAAGGCUUCUUAACAGCUUCUACCUCCAAGCCAUAAGACUCCUGAACAGCUAAUCAUGGCUACCCGGACUCAUUUGCACACGCUAGCAAGGUAUGUCAAUUGACGGGGCCAUACUCACUGGUGUACAGUGUCAAUUUCUGAUAAUAAUCACACAAAUCACUAGUCUGGUCCCAGACCUGUUUGUGCUAUCUUGCCAACUCCUGCGGUCAUUGUCAGUUGGCAAGACAGCUCAAACAGAUCUAGGACCACACUCUUAGAAAAAAAGGUUAUUCGGCCGUCCCCAUAGACGGGUUGGUUGUUUAGCAACUAUGCGGCAAAACUGACAGGGUUGGCUUAGAUUGUUGACAACAUGUAAAAUAUAUUUUGUCUCCAAUAUUUAUUGAAAACAUAAAUAAGUUUACACAAUGAGCACUUGUUGUCUCUCAAAAACAUCGUUACAGUUGUUGGUUAGCUAGCUAGGGAAUUUUAGCCAUAUUAGCAUAGACGUGACAUCAGUCAAAACACCUCAAAACAAGACAUGGUGUCAAAAACAAGAUACAACUAGCUGAAACGAGCCACCUACUAUUCCCACAUAGUAGCUUUUGUCAUUGUUGCUGGCUAUCUGGCUAUCCAGAAUCACAACAACACACAGACUUUUGCCCCAUUGAAGCGUGUAUAUCGUUUUCGUGACGUUGUCAGCUAACCCGUCUAUAGGAUAACCCUUUUUGGUUUCAGGUAGAACCCUUUUGGUUUUCAUGUAGAAGCCUCUGUGGAAAGUGUUCUACAUGGAACCCAAAAGGGUUUUACCUGGAACCAAAAGUGUUCUACAUGGAACCAAUAAGGGUUCUUCAAAGGGUUCUCCUAUGGGGACAGCCGAAGAACCCUUUUAGGUUCUAGAUAGCACAUUUCUUUGCUAAGAGUAAAGUCUAACAAAUCACUGUGUUUUGAAGACCCCCAUGUUGACAAUAUUCUUCUCUAUGUUCACAGAGUUUUGAAGAUGUGCGCUCCAAGUGUAUCUGUCCACCCUACAGGAACAUCACUGGACACAUCUACGACAGGAAUGUCUCCCAGAAAGAUUGGUGAGAGAUGUUCUAUCACAUAGGCCCUAUGCACAUUAUGCAGUAUUCACAAUCUGGUCUUCCUCAGUCGGUCAUUUUCGUUCGCUCCUGUUGUCUUCCACAGUACAUUUAACUAGUUCUGACAAGGAGCUGUGGAUUUAAGGUUCCCCCACUCACACAAUUUGCUGAUCGAUGUCUUUCUAGUUCAUUGUAGUUCUGGAAAGAAUGAAUAAAAGUGUCAGGCUUACGUCUUGGACUAACAUAGAUGUAGUAGAUGAAUAACAAGAGACCAAUUGUCAUACCCUGAUCUGUUUCACCUGUCUUGUGCUUGUCUCCAAUCCCCUCCAGGUGUCACCCAUUUUCCCCAUUAUCUCCUGUGCAUUUAUACCUGUGUUUUCUGUUUGUCUGUUGCCACCAUUGGAAGACACAAGGAGUUACUUCACAACCUUAUGGAAGGAUUCCAGACCUUGGCGGAACGCCACGACCGUGCUUUCCAUACAUUGCUGGGGCAAGUCAGCAGAUUGUCUAUUAGCCAGCCACUACCGUAAUUCCACAGACACUCAGCAACCCCGCCCCCAGUGGCGCUUCUUCCCAGCCUACCCCGGUGUUCCGAGAACCUUGCACUCCUCCUCCGGAGCGCUAUGCUGGAGAUUCUGGAACCUGCCAGGCUUUUCUCUCCCAGUUCUCCCUUCGUUCCCCUCGGGCCGCUCGAAGAUAGCGUACCUCAUAACGCUGAUGUCAGGGAGGGCACUCACCUGGGCUACGGCGGUGUGGGAGCAACAGUCCACCGUUUGCCUCAGUCUGGAGGAGUUUGUGGCGGAGGUACGAAAAGUGCUAGAUUCUCUGUUGUCUGGGAGAGAGGUUGCUCGUAAGCUGCUCCAACUACGUCAAGACUCCCGAAGUGUUGCACCCUCUCCAUGACAUCCUGCUGUGGGGUGACCAGUUCAAAUCUCUCCCGGUACUCAUUGACUCUGGGGCCGACGAGAGUUUUAUGGACGCUACCUUGGUGUCAGAGUUGGGAAUCCCCACUCAAACCCUCUCCAUUCCCACGGACAUCAGAGCACUGGAUGGGCAUUCUAUUGUCAGAGUCACCCACAACACGGUUCCCAUCAACCUGCGAGUGUCAGGCAACCACAGCGAGUCGAUCCAGUUUCUACUUAUCGAAUCCCCUCAGGUACCCGUUGUGUUGGGGUUUUCAUGGCUCCAUAGACACAUUCCCCUUGUGGACUGGACUGUGGGUUCGAUCAAGGGUUGGAGCCCGUUCUGCGACGCUCAUUGCCUGAAGUCGGCGCAGCCUUCCCCGGGACAACUUCCUGCGGGCUUGGGUAAGGUCACGGACCUCUCCGCCGUUCCUGCCGAAUACCAGGACCUCUUUGAGGUUUUCAGCAAGGCCCGUGACACCUCGCUUCCUCCACAUUGGCCCUAUGACUGCGCCAUCGACCUUCUACUGGGCACUACACCGCCUCGGGGGUACCUUUAUUCCCUGUUGGGUCCGGAGACCAAGGCGACGGAAACGUACAUUGAGUGCUCCCUGGCUGCAGGGUGUAUCUGUCCUUCUGCCUCCCCCACUGGCGCAGGGUUCUUCUUUGUGUGCCAGGUGAUGCUAUUCAGACUGACCAACGCUCCUGCAGUGUUCCAGGCCCUGGUUAACGAUGUUCUACAUGUUGAACCGGUUCGCGUUUGUCUACCUCGAUGACGUUCUCGUUUUUUCCCAUUCGGCUCAAGAACAUGUCCGACAAGUCCUCCAGCGUCUUCUGGAGAACCAUCUGUUCGUCAAAGUGAAUUCCAUCGCUCCACCAUCUCCUUCCUUGGAUACAUCAUCGCUGCGGGCAACCUACAGAUGGAUCCUGGAAAGGUGAGAGGGGUGGUGGAUUGGCCUCAAACCACCUCCAGAGUGCAGCUGCAAAGCUUCUUGGGGUUCGCCAAGGUCCCGUUCACGUGGUCUCCAGCUGCAGACCGGACGUUCUUGGACCUCAAGCACCGAUUCACGACCACCCCAUCCUAAUCCAUCCGGAUCCGUCCUGGCAGUUCGUGGUGGAGGUCGACGCCUCGGAUGUCGGAGUGGGGUCUGUCCUGUCCUGUCCCAGCGUUCGGCCCAAGACCAAAAGCUGCAUCCCUGUGCUUUCCUCUCCCACUACUACUCGCGGUGAAGAUUGCGUUGGAGGAGUGGAGGCACUGGUUAGAGGGGGCGGAAUAACCUUUCAUUGUGUGGAUGGGUCACAAGAACCUGGAAUAUCUCCGCAUUGCCAAGUGCCUCAACUCCAGGCAAGCUCGAUGGGCCCUGCUAUUCAUUCGGAUCAACUUCACCAUCUCCUACCGCCGGGGUCCAAGAAUGUGAAGCCGAAUGCGCUUUCACACCUCUAUAGCCCCGCUGCUACACCAUCAGACCCCAAGAACAUCCUCCCUACCUCUUGUCUCACGGCUGCACUCGUUUGGGGUAUAGAGAACCACAGCCUUCCCAGCCGGACCCCAGGGGGGCCCGGUUAACCUGAUGUUUGUCCCGGACUCUGCCCGUUCCCCGGUUCUGGAAUGGGCUCAUUCCUUCCGACUGGUCUGACAUCCUGGCUCUCGUCGGACCCUGGCCUUUGUACAACGAUGGCCUUUGUACAACAAUGUAUUUGGUGGCGCACCUUGGUUCCUGACGUCUCCGCAUUCGUUGCCGCCUGCACCACAUGUGCUCAGAAUAAAACUCUGCGGCAAGCAACGGCUGGCCUCCUUCAACCUCUUCCCAUUCCUCAUUGCCCCUUGUCCCAUAUAUCCCUGGACUUUGUCACGGGUCUCCCUCCAUCAGAUGGCAACACCACUAUCCUCACGGUGGUGGAUAAGUUUUUCGAAGCCGCACACUUCAUUCCCCUUCCCAAGUUACCCUCAGCCAAGGAAACGGCCCAGCUCAUGGUGCAGCCCGUCUUCCGGUAGACAUGGUCUCCGAUCGCGGUCCUCAGUUCUCGUCCCGGUUCUGGAAGGCGUUCUGCACCCUUGGGGCAUCGGCCAGCUUGUCCUCCGGUUUUCACCCCCAAUCUAACAGCCAGUCGGAGCGAGCCAAUCAGGACCUGGAGACGACUCCUCGUUGCCUCGUCUCCGCCAACCCCACCACCUGGAGCCAGACACUCGUGUGGGUGGAAUACGCCCGCAACACCCUUCCCUCCUCAGCCACUGGACUCUCGUCUUUCGAGUGUUCUAUGGGAUAUCAGCCCCCACUCUUCCCUGAGCAAGAGGAAGAGGUCAGCAUACCCUCGUCCCAGAUGUUCGUCCGCCACUGUCGCCGUACCUGGAAGAGAGCCCGGUCUGCUCUUCUCAAGACCACCUCCAAGUAUCGACGACAGGCGGACCGCCACCAGACCCCCGGCUCCCGGUUAUCGUCUCAGGCAGAGGGUAUGGCUGUCCACUCGGGAUCUGCCCCUCCGGGUGGAGUCCCGCAAACUUUCCCCCCGUUUUAUCGGCCCUUUCCCCAUCUCUAAGAUUCUCAGUACCCGCUGCUGUUCGUCUUCUGUUGCCCCGCACCCUCCGUAUACAUCCCACUUUUCAUGUAUCAAGGAUUAAACCUCUGUCUCACAGCCCUCUGUCUCCACUUUCCUGCCGUCCUGUACCUAUCUGACUCUGACCUGGUUUACGAAAUUCUGCCUGCCCUGACCCUGAGCCUGCCUGCCGUUCUGUACCUUAUUGACUCUGCCCUGGAUUACUGACCUCUGCCUGCCCUUGACCUGUCGUUUGCCUGCACCCUGUUUUGUAAUAAACAUCUCUGAUUCGAACUGUCUGCAUCUAGGUCUUAUCCUGAGUCCUGAUACUAAUUAUUUAUGAUGUGUGUACUUUUGUCCAUGCUCAGUAACUGCCUCCAUGUAGUGGAGCCCAUGCCAGUGCAGGGCCAUGAUGUGGAGGCCUACUGUCUGCUGUGUGAGUGCAAGUAUGAGGAACGCAGCAGCAACACCAUCAAUGUAUUACUGACCCUUUACAAUGACACACAGAGUUGAUUUCAACUGAUAUUACCUGGUAAAAAUGGACAGGUUUUAAUGCUAAAAAGACUAUGGUAUAAGGAAGGAGUAUGAUAUUCAAGAAGUUACAUCCAUUACUAAAGGAACAGAUUGACUGGCUAUCCAUACAGCAGACACUCCCCUCCGUAUUUAUUUGGAUUUAAAUGUGGCUCUAUACCCCAACAUUUUGGAUUUGAGAUUUUUUUUACAUUAUAUGAGGCGACAGUACAGAAUGUCACCUUUAAUUUAAGGAUAUGUUCAUACAUAUCUGUUUUAGUGUUGCACAGUAUACCAGUACCACGGUAAUAUCACGGUACCAAAACGUCAUGAUACUUAUGAUACCAACAUUUUAGAAUACCGUAGUACCGUUUCAUAAGAUACUACCACAUCUUUCAGCCCUAUUGAUUCACUCAGCCUCUGAGUGCCAGAGAGGAAAAAUGGAGCACAGCUUCGCGACAGGCAUGCUUACAGCUUUACAACAAUGAAAAUGUCUCUAGCCCAUUCAAAACAUAUGGCCCAUAUUACGGAGCUACCUUUUUUCAAUCUGUCGCGGAUUUUCUCACAUUUUAUAUAAUUUCGCAAACCAUGUCGCGGGCUGUUUUAAACUAAUCCCGGGCCACUAAUUAUUGGUUUGAUAAUAAACAACCUUGUUCAGUCAUGUGUUUCAGAUUAUAUUUUUCUAAAUAGGAACUGAAUGGUGGAGAAUGUAUUGUGUCAUUUUGGAGUCACUUUUAUUGUAAAUAAGAAUAGAAUAUGUUUCUAAACACUUCUACAUUAAUGUGGAUGCUACCAUGAUAACGGAUAAUCAUGAAUGAAUCGUGAAAAAUUAUGAUCAUACCCACAAAAUCAUGAAUAAAGACCAUACGUUACCGCUAAAGAAAUGCUAACCUCUCACUAUUACCAAUAAUACUUUAUGGGGGGUAUGAUAUUUGUGCCUCUAACUUUCUCAUUAAUCUUUAUUCACAAUUCAUUCAUGAUUAUUCCUAACCAUGGUAGCAUCCACAUUGAUGUAGAAGUGUUCAGAAACAUAUUAUAUUCUUAUUUACAAUCAAAAUGACUCCAAAAUGACAGAAUACAUUUUUCACUAUUAAGUUCCUAUUGGGCAAAACAUAAUCCGAAACACAAACAAAACAAACAGCAUAUGCAUCCAAGAAGUUUGUAGUGUCACAAGCUUGAUGUAGUCAUCGCGUGCUAGGAAUAUGGGACCAAAUACUAAACUUUUGACUACGUUAAUACACUAUAAGAGAAUUGUGCUUUCAUUUCUAAGCAGUAAAACAGAUACAGAUGUAGGAUCUUAAUUUGACCAGUAUUGUCUUUGCAAAAUAAUCCUGCAGCAAUAGGAUUUGAACCUUUUGUCCAUAAUGUGCUUGAUCAGUGGUUAAACUAUUAGCUAGACAAAAGUAGACUUUAUGAAAGUGCAGUGCUGUUAAUAUAACCUUGGUUUAGUGUAGGUUUUCAGUGAAUUUAUGCGGUGUAGGAAAAUUGUCAGCAACAAAAGUGAUCAAAUUAAGAUCAUACAGUGCCUUGCAAAAGUAUUCAUCCCCCUUGGCAUUUUUCCCUAUUUUGUUGCAUUACAACCUGUAAUUUAAAUGGAUUUUUAUUUGAAUUUCAUGUAAUGGACAUACACAAAAUAGUCCAAAUUGGUGGACCUGCCAAGAGAGGGCCGCCCACCAAAACUCACGGACCAGGCAAGGAGGUAUUGACUUUGGGGGGGGUGAAUAGUUAUGCACGCUCAAGUUUUCUGUUUUUUAGUCUUAUUUCUUGUUUGUUUCACCCCAAAAAAUAUUUUGCAUCUUCAAAGUGGUAGGCAUGUUGUGUAAAUCAAAUGAUACAAACCCCCCAAAAAUCAAUUUUAAUUCCAGGUUAUAUCUGUAUACCCUCAAAUAAAAGGUGGCAUUCUGUAUUGUUGCCUAUUAUGAAACAUUUGAUAUCAAAACCAAAAUGCUGCAGUAUAGAGACAAAUUUUAACAUUUUAGCUUCACUGUCCAAAUAAAUGAGAGAACCAGACUGAGACCAUUGUGCAGAAAUGCAAGUUUUUAUUUAGGCCUUAAUGUUCAUCAGUAAAAUUCCUUAGAAUUUCAUUAAGGUAUGUGAUGGCCGAAUGUUGUACAUUAUGGCUGGCUUACUGGUAACUGAUGUUUUACAUUAUGGCUGGCUUACUGGUAACUGAUGUUUUACAUUAUGGCUGGCUUACUGGUAACUGUAAGUGUAGUAGAAGGUUCCACUACUCAGACCGCAGGUUACGCUGUGACUGCCAGACUUGAGCUCAGUGGUGCAGGUUCCCAGGUGGUCAUCGAAGUUUAGGUCCUUGUCCCAGAUCUCAAACUUCAAGGAAGCACUGGAUGGCACAUUCAGAAAGCUGAAUACGGCACUCCAGGAUGGAUUAUGAGUAUCCUUGUGCCAGUCUGUCAUGCCACCGGAUUCGCCACCACACCAAACCUUGACAUAGGGGUCAGGGUAAUUACCAGCAAUGUCCCCUUUAAGGCCGCUGGCAUGAAGGCCGGACACUCUGACGUUUGCACCAUGGACGCCAGCCAGCAUACAGAGAAACAGCAGUCCCAGAGAGAGGGAGGCCAUGACUUUCAAAAGGGGAAAGCAAACUAAGAGAGGGAAAAAAUAGAGAAGAGGAGAUACAACACUAACAGUCUUCAGAGAAGAGGAGAUACAACACUAACAGUCUUCAGAGAAGAGGAGAUGCAACACUAACAGUCUUCAGAGAAGAUCUCUAUUUGCACAUAAUCUCUUGCACAUCUAGCAUUCCAGUGUUAAUACUAUUGUAAUUCUUUUGCACUAUAGCCUAUUUAUUGCCUUACCUCCAUAACUUGCUACAUUUGCACACACUGUAUAUAUAUUUUCUGUUGUAUUUUUGACUUUAUGUUUUUUACCCCAUAUGUAACUCUGUGUUGUUUUUAUUGCACUGCUUUGCUUUAUCUUGGCCAGGUCGCAGUUGUAAAUGAGAACCUGUUCUCAACUGGCUUACCUGGUUAAAUAAAGGUGGAGGAAAAAAUAAAUAAAAAAGAUGAGAUACAACACUAACAGUCUUCAGAGAAGAGGAGAUACAACACUAACAGUCUUCAGAAGAAGAAAAAUACAAAUUAAGUCAGAAAAAGAGAUGAAGGACAGGCAUUAUGUCAAUUUUCAAGUUAAUCAUUUUGUUAGUGGUACAAUAUGCAAAAUGCUAUAAAGUACACUUGUUACAGGACUCAUAAAAACUAUAAGAAGAUGAGAAUGGAGUAGAUCUUACCUGUGCUAUGUAGAGUCUGGAGACAAGUGUCUGUAUCUCAGGGGAACCAACCACUGAUGUUUUUUCCUACGCCCAAUCGCUGUUUAUAAAUACUUAAUCGGGUAACCCACAGAUGGUCUGUUCUCAGUGAUGCCUCAACCAAUGAGAGCACAUGGAGGCAGCAGCACCUACAGUACAAGUGUUAAAUGUUAACCUUUAAUGCUGAUUAAACGACGGCCAGGCUUUUGACCAAUAAGGCAAUUCCAAGUGGCAAAUUUAGACAAACAGAACUUGGCAUCAUCUCAGGGUUGUUGGCAUCAUCUCAGUUACCACCUGCCCUUGAGCCACUUAACCCCCAACCUGCUCCAAGCGCUGCUCUGUGCCAUGUGCAGCACUGGGUCAGCCACAGAGCAUCACCUCUGGAGCAGGUUAAGGGUUAAGUGGUCUGCUCAAGGCCCCUCUGAGUAGGUGGCACCUGUUUUCGACAAAUAUCAUAAUUAUGUCAUGUAUACAUACAUUUCUAUUGUGUUGUCUAUUCUACACUGAACAUAAAUAUCAACACAACAUGUAAAGUGUGGGUCCCAUGUUUCAUGGGCUGAAAUAGAAGAUCCCAGAAAUGUUCCAUACGCACAACAAGCUUAUUUAUCUCAAAUUUUGGGCACAACUUUGUUACGUCCCCAUUUCUCCUUUGCCAAGAUAAUCCAUCCACCUGACAGGUGUGACAUAUCAAGAAGCUGAUUAAACAGCAUGAUCAUUACACAGGUGCACCUUGUGCUGGGGACAGUAAAAGGCCACUCUUAAGUUUUGUCACACAACACAAUGCCACAGAUGUCUCAAGUUUUGAGGGAGCGUGCAAUGUUAUUUCUGUUCAGUGUAUAAAUAACAAAUAAUAUGUGAAAUAUCCCCCUCCUUUUUAGAUACAUCCUUCCUUUCCUCUCUUUGUACCCUGCAUGUUUUACUUGUCAAAUGUUUGCCUUUGCAUUUCAAAAAGCAGCCAAAGGCUUUGUCUCCCGAACUUUAAUCCAAGCUACAUUUAUUUUCCAUCCCCCCCAGGUGACGAUCAUCAUCUACCUGUCAGUGGUGGGCUCUCUGCUACUCUACAUGUUGUUCCUGCUGCUGGUUGAACCUAUCAACCGUAAACAUGACCCCUACAUCCAACCCCUUCACAACGAGGAGGACUCUGAGGUAAAUGAACAGAUAUACACCACACAGAGGAAAAACACUGGGGUU